AUGAUUCACGGACGAUGUGGGGGACACAACCCACACUCGCCAUGCAUGAAAGACGGAAAAUGCACCAAAAAGUAUCCACGCCAGCUGCUACGACGAAAACCAGAUGAUGGAGGAUACACCACAACUAUCAAAAUCAAUAACGUUGAUUUCGAAGUUGAUAACCGAUGGAUUGUGCCCCACUCUCCUAUCCUUUCGAAAUCAUUCAAUGCACAUAUCAACGUGGAGUCCUGUAAUUCAGUUAAGACAAAAUACAUAUGCAAAUACGUGAAUAAAGGCAGCAAUAUGGCAAUUUUCGGAAUUGCGAAUCCCAAUGCGCCCGUCAAUGAAAUCGAGCAAUUUCAAAUGGGACGUUACAUUAGCAGCAAUGAAGCUGUAUGGAGAAUUCUUGGUUUCGACAUUCAUGAACGCUUUCCUGCUGUCAUGCAUCUCAGUGUUCACUUGGAAAACGGUCAACGAGUCUACUUCACGGAAGACAACGCACCCCAACGAGUUGCAGAUCCACCAAAUACAACGUUGACCGCUUUUUUCCAAUUGUGUGCAACUGACGAAUUCGCAAAAACAUUAAUAAGAAAACGAGGCGCCAGGCAUUCUUCUAUAGCUGGCAUAUUUUCUACUGGUGCACUGGGAAGAGUAUAUACUGUUCAUCCAAAUAAUGGUGAAUGCUACUAUUUGCGAAUGCUGCUUCACGUGGUCAAAGGACCAACAUCGUUUCAAGCAAUCAAAACAAUCGAUGGUCAAGAGUGUGAGACAUACAGAGAAGCAUGUUUUAAACUUGGUUUGCUUGAAAAUGAUCAACAUUGGGACAACACAUUAGCGGAAGCAUCUGAGACACCUCAUGCCCAUCAAAUACGAACUCUGUUUGUCAUAAUUUUGACAACCUGCGCACCUUCUGAUCCGAAAGGUUUAUGGGAAAAACACAAAGAGAGUAUGAGCGAAGACAUACUUCUCCGAGCACGCAGAAAUAAUCCCGGCUUGGAUGUACAGUAUUCGGAAUACAUUUUCAAUGAAGCACUGAUAUCAGUUGAGGAUGUGUGUAUGUCGAUUAACAACAAAAUCCUCGAUCAGCUUGGGCUGUUUUCACCGGAACGUGACAGAAACGACGUUAUCGAUAGAGACGUAUUGCGAGAAAAGCAAUACGACGUCGAUGCGCUACAAGUUGCAUACGACACAAUUAUGGAGCAUGUGCGAGGCGGAAAUGGUGGACUUCUUUUUCUUGAUGCACCAGGAGGCACAGGAAAAACAUUUCUACUCAAUUUGAUACCCGCCGAAAUUCGAAUGAAACAUGAGAUUGCUUUGGUUGUGGCAUCAUCGGGGAUUGCAGCAGCAUUACUCGAUGGAGGACGCACGGCGCAUUCGGUUCUCAAGCUGCCAUUGAAUUUAAAUCUAGCUGCUGAUCCUCUUUGCAACAUUGGAAAAACAACUGGAAUGCCAACUGUAUUGAAAACAUGCCAACUCAUUAUUUGGGAUGAAUAUACUAUGGCCCAUAAGAAAGGACUUGAAGCACUUGAUCGUACUCUGCGAGAUUUCCGAAGCGAUGAACGUCCACUGGGCGGAAUCAACACCAGCAGACGAAUUGAAUGCAUGCCUGAAAAAUUCGUCUCUCUGGAGACAUGUGAAAAAAUUACACUGUCGACCAAUAUGCGUGUGCAUUUACUUGGAGAUGUUUCUGCACAAAUAUUUGCCAAACAACUUUUGGAUAUCGGCGAUGGCAAACUUUUGGCUGAUCCUACAACACAGGAGAUAGCGUUCCCUCCGAACUUCUGUCAACUUCAGUCAUCAAUUGAAGAACUUGAAGAGAGAGUUUUCUCAAACAUCGCCAACAACUUUAGAAAUCAUGAUUGGCUUUGCGAGGGAGCUAUCUUAGCUCCAAUGAAUGAUGAUGUCAAUCGAAUCAAUAAUAAGAUUCAAUUAAAAAUUCCUGGGGUGAUUACGGGAUACAAAUCGAUUACAGUUACAGAAUAG